AUGAUGCUCCGCCGGCACUCCCUCCCCGCCGUCCUCCUCGGCUUCUGUUUGUCGACAGCAUCACUCACAGGCGCGGCCUCACCAUCAACUGUUGACCCCCGUGAAGUCGCACACGAAACCCACAAACACCACACACCUCUCCACAAGCGGACCGCCGAGGAGGUGAUCGCCCAGCUCAACCUGAUCCCAAACGUCGAAAAGGGGUACUACAUCGAGACCUUCCGCGACGCCGACAACGUCACCACCACCAGCGGCGGUACCCCCGACCGCAGCGCCAGCACGGCCAUCUACUACCUGCUCGAGGGGUCCGAGGGCUUCUCCCGCUGGCACCGCGUCGACGCCGUCGAGGUGUGGCACUACUAUGCCGGGGCGCCCCUGACCCUCUCGCUAGCCAAGGACGACGGGUCGCCCGUUCGGGUGGUGACGCUGGGCCCGGACGUGUUUGCCGGGCAGCAGCCGCAGGUGGUCGUUGCCAAGUGGGAGUGGCAGCAGGCCAGGAGCUUGGGCGCGUGGACGCUUGUUGGCACGACGGUUGCGCCAGGAUUCGACCCGAACGGCGUUGAGCUGGCAGACCCUGCCUGGGCGCCGAACGCGGCAUGA